GUCGCAAAGCCAUGCCCUUGUAAGGGAGGUCAACAGACAAACAAGUGAAGGAGAAAAGCGAGGCCAGAAGGAAGAAGAGGGCGAGGAGCAGGCCGCAAAGCAUGAGAUCCCUCCUGGUUUCCCGCAUAAAGCCCCUCCAAGUGCUCUCCACCCCGACCCGGCAGCUGAAAAACAAAGUCCCGGAAUAUCAGAAGCUUUUCCAGGAGGACAAUGGUCUGCCAGUGCAUCUCAAAGGAGGUCUCAAAGACGUCCUGCUGUAUCGCUUUACCAUGUCGCUAAGCCUCUUUGGUGUUGCUUAUUCUCUCUACGAACUAUUCAAGGCUGCCAAACCCAAGAAGAACAAGUGAGGAGGAUGAAGCAGGAAAAGAGGGGUAAUUGCAAAUACGGACGCCCCUCGUCUGCAUUGGGUUUAUCCCCCUUUUUUAGAGGUUUGCAACAAAAGGGAGAGGGAAAUUCAUCUUUGUUGGGAUUUGAGUCCACAUGAAUGUAGUGUUUGGAGGCGCAAAAUAAACCGUCGAAAGAAGAAAAAAAUAAAUAAUAAUCCACAUCA